CUCCCCUGACUCUGUCUGAGGAAGGGUCUCGACCCGAAACGUCACCUCUCCAUGUUCUCCGGAGAUGCUGCCUGACCGGCUGAGUUCCCCCAGCAUUUUUGUGUCUGUCUUCUGUCUCCACGCUCCGCCAUGUCCCUCGUUGCUAAGAUACGCAGACAACAAGCAUCGACCGCCGCCUCGGUCACGUGGGGGUGGGAUGGUGCCACUACCCGGGUCGAGGGGUGGUGAGGUCGGGAACACCAGCGGUAGGAGGACGGGGACGGUGACUGGACCCCGGGCUGCAGAAUACAAGGUGGAAAUAUUAUAAUUCCAGUGAGCUGGGCGGCGUGCAGAGGGAGGCCGCUCUGUAAUUCAAUCACCGGCGGUGUGUGAUGGUUGGGACCCCCCUACCGCCGCGGUGGCGGCGCCUGGAGCCGCAGGCUGAAGGUUGUCCCAGGCGCCGGCCCCUCGUCGUGGCCUUGCUCCUUCCCCGGAGACAACCCAGCUCCGCUCCCCGCACUGCUCCUCCGAGGCUAUUGUAAUGCAUUUGCUUCAUACAUGCACCGUGGCUGUCGCUGCGGCUUCCAACUGAGGCACGGAUCUCGGGAGACAGCACCCCGACCCAAACGCUGAGCGGGCACCUGCUCUCUGGCUCUGACUCAGGCCUCUAUUAUUCGAUCUUUUAGCGGUUUCAGUUCUCAUGGAUUUCGACCAGGCAACUGCCUCCGGCAUACAAUGAACCGGAACUUGUUCCUGUUCUACCAGUGCUUCUCCAUGGUUCAACGUGUCCCAGUAUAGCAGGAAAAGGUUGGAGAGCAGCAGAGUAUUGAACGCAUCAGUCCCCAAUUUAGUUUCGCAGGGUAUGCCGAAUCAGUGGGGCAGAAAUCUCACUGGGCUUUAAGAGGAGUGAAGAAAUCAGAUGAUGGAAAGUUAUUACUGGAGAUGUCUCUGGGUCAGCUGUUGCGACGGGCAUCUUCCAAAGCCUCUGAUCUCCUGACCUUUAAUCAAUCAAGUGGCUCUUCCAGAAUUCUAGACGGCGAAAUUAUUUACUCCAAGAAUAAUGUCUGUGUCCAUCCUUCAGAUGUGCUGCGCGUUCUUGGAGAACAUCACCCAGGUUACUUAUGCAUACAUUUGGAAAAGGAUGAAUCACUGGGAACUACUCUUAUUGUCACCUGGAUCCCAAACACCCGCAUUCAACGACAAGAUGAGGAGGCUUUAAGGUACAUCACUCCUGAAAGUUCUCCAGUACGAAAAAUACAUCGUAGGAGAUCCCGGCGUGCACAAUCUGCUGUUGUGCAACAACAGCCAAACAGCAUAGCACAUAAACAAGUUUUGACUUCACCAGAGGAUGAUGAGAUAAUAACCGUAUCACGGAGUAUGACCAAUUCAAUGUACGUUGUCUCACCAGAGGCGCAACAGAACGCAUCUCAGCAUUCCCUCAGUUUGCAUAUCUCCCAUGGAACAUUGCAGCAAACUCCCAAGGAUUCAGAAAAUGCUUCAGAAAUUGCUUCAUUAGAUUCAUCGUUAAUCUGCCCCGAUGACCGCAAAGGUCUGGAGGUUCCAACAGAAUAUCGGGACGAAGUUAAUAAUAAGCGAGAUGAAGGACAACAUGAGGCACCGGGUGAUCUCACCGCCGAUGAUGUCAGCAGAGAUAGCAUGGUUGGGUCGGAUUCUGAUUCUUUUUCUCCAUUAUGUCUCUCCCCGAUUGGUGACCCAUUGGCAGAAAGUAGCAGAUCUGUGUUUCUUGAUGCAGAAAGCAGAGAGAUGUGUGAGGAACAUAUGGCUCAUUUGGCGAGCACCAUGUCAGACCACUCCUCUGAUGCAGAGUACACUUUGCAGUUUACUGAGAAUUGUACACAACCGCAUAGCACAAAAUGGGAAGAGCAGCAGAAGGUGUUGGCACUUGAGCAACUCUAUGGUGUUUUUAGAGUUGAUUUAAGCCAAAUGCGAUCACUGCGCCUUUUUUUCAGUGAUGAAGCAUGCACAUGUGGACAACUUGUCAUCGCUAGUCGGGAAAGUCAAUACAAGAUCUUCCAUUUUCAUCAUGGUGGACUUGAUAAACUCAGUGAAGUUUUUCAACAAUGGAAAUAUUGCACUGAGACUCAUCAAAAGGACCAGGUAUCUGAUGUAAAGGCUUGCAUGCAGUUUUCAAUAAGGCGGCCAAACCUUCCAUCGACUGAGACUCAUCCCGAGGAGAACAUGUAUAAACGGUUGGAUGUGACUAUUUGGCUGAACCAUCUGAAUGAAAUUGGCCAGGUGGAAGAGGAAUACAAACUUCGCAAGGCAAUAUUCUUUGGUGGUAUUGAUCCUACAAUCCGUGGAGAAGUCUGGCCAUUUCUGUUACAGUUUUACAGCUGUGAAUCAACGUCAGAAGAACGAGAAGCGCUGCGCAUUCAGAAACGAAUGGAGUAUGAGGAACUUCAGCAAAAUAGGUUGUCAAUGACUCCCGAAGAGCAAGAAAAAUUUUGGCGAACAGUUCAGUUUACCGUUGAUAAAGAUGUUGUUCGAACAGAUCGAUCCAAACAGUUUUACAAAGGGGAAAACAACCCAAAUGUGGAAUUGAUGAGGAGUAUUUUGCUGAACUAUGCUGUUUACAGCCCUGAGGUAGGGUACUCACAGGGGAUGUCAGAUCUGGUGGCUCCAAUCUUGUCAGAAGUCAGGGAUGAAUCCGACACAUUUUGGUGUUUUGUUGGACUAAUGCAGAAUACAAUUUUCAUCAGCUCACCGCGGGAUGAUGAUAUGGAAAAGCAGUUGCUGUACUUAAGAGAGUUGCUGCGAUUGAUGCAUCCCCGUUUCUACCACCAUUUGGUGUCCUUGGGUGAGGAUGGGCUUCAGAUGCUGUUCUGCCAUCGAUGGAUUCUUCUCUGCUUUAAACGCGAGUUUCCUGAAGCAGAGGCACUUCGUAUAUGGGAGGCAUGCUGGGCUCAUUAUCAGACUGACUACUUCCACCUGUUUGUUUGUGUGGCCAUUGUUGUGAUUUAUGGAGAUGAUGUGAUUGAACAACAGUUAGCGACAGACCAGAUGCUACUCCAUUUUAGCAACCUGGCCAUGCAUAUGAGUGGAGAGAUUGUCCUAAGGAAGGCAAGGAGCCUUUUGUACCAAUUUCGCCUCUUACCCAGAAUCCCCUGCAGCCUGCACGACCUUUGUAAGCUGUGUGGCACUGGAAUGUGGGACAGUGGAUACAUUCCAGCUGUGGAGUGCUCAUUGAAUCACCUGGAUUUUGACGGUUGUCCAUAUGGAGGGACGUCUGUUACUCCAUCUCCAAGAUCAGCACAAGAAGGCAAAAGAGGAGCUAAAGAUGUUUUCACAUUCCUGAGAUAAUCAGCUAAUAAUUUGUGCAGAAAACUCCAGUCAGUUAUGAAGAACUGUUUAGGAAGUGAUUUACUUGGGAGAAGAUUAAUCUGGGGUUUUAGUAACUAGUUUUUUUGGGUAUCUGCAAGAUAGUUCAUGCACACCGCUAAUGCAGGUCGGUUUUGGGCAUGUCCAGAAUUGAUAUCGCUGAAAAGAAAGAGACUUCUAUUUUAUACAACACUUUUCUGGGAGUCUCAAAGCAUUUUACAGCCACCAAAGUUACUAUUGAAUUGUAACCACUAUGUAAAGUAGAGAAUGUGACAGGCAAUUUGCACGUUGCAAGCUACUGUAAGUGGGCAUUUGAUAAAGAUCAGAUAACCUAGUUCCGUAAUGUUGGUUGAAGGGAAAAAGUUGGCCACGAGAAAGAGCAGAUGACUCUGGAAAUUGUGCCACGGGAUCUACUGUGUCCACCAGCGAAUGCAGCUGAGGGUUUGCUUUUAGGCUUCAUCUGAAAUGUGAAAGCUUCAACAGUACAGCAGUCCAUGUACUGCACAGCUAUGUUGCCCUAGAUUUAAAUGUUCAACUCAAUGAAGAUUGACUUCAUUCUGUUCCAGAGUAUAAGAUUAUUAAGGAUACUGAAUCUGGCUGCCUUGAAGGAGAAGAGAGAGAUUGUUACAACCCAAUUAUUUAAACCUGUAAACCUACAGAUGCUUUUAUUGGGAUUUCUUUCAUAGCCUCAAAUAUACUGUCCAUGUUAAAUGACUGGAGAAGGAUACUUCUGGAACAGUUAUAAUGUAAUGCAAAAAAAAUUAUCUGAUCUUUUGUAAGACGUUAUGAAGGUGAACAUAUGAAGUUUAAUGAUAAUGUGUAUUCAGUGUAAAAAUUCAUUGCUGAUACUAAAUGUAUUUUUAAAACUGAUGACACCCAAUUAUCUACAGUGUUGAAGAUGAAUCUCACUUAAUCAUAUCCCGAUCUUAAAGUAUAUUUCCAACAUCCGAAACAUGGCUAAACACAUUGCCUUUUCACAUAUUGCUUUUAAGCACGUCUAUAGUACUUUUAAGAUUAUGGAUUUGUGAGAGUUUGGGGAUAUUAAGAUUUUUAGUGAAAGAUAACAUUUCAAUUGGGUUAUCUUUGGGGAAAACUAGAUCAGCCCAUUAAUCAGAUUUUUCCCAUCACUGUACACAGAAAGUAAGUUCAUGUAUCCAAAAAAUAUAUAUCUAUACAAAUUAAUGUUAAAUUGCGGCACCUCGAUUCAAAUAUCAAUAGUUGUAAAGAAAUGCAUUGAGCUCUGUUCUGGAUGGUAGUUUUUAUCAUGAAAAAUUGUUAAUGAUUGAUCUUCUUUCGAAAACUAAUACCUACAGUUAAAAAUCAUACUUUGAUUAUACAUGCCAUUGAAACAGGUUGGCAGUGAAAGAUGAAACCAGCAUCAGCAGCUUCUUCCUACACAAAGAGUAAACAUCACUUGGACAAGCAUUACCUUCAAGUAUGAUUACAAGGAACUCCAGAUGCUGGUUUUAAAGAAUAAUUCACAAAGUGCUGGAGAAGGGUGCCACCCAAAAAAAUUGCCUGUCCAUAUAAUCCAACGAUACUGCCUGACCUGCAGAGCUACUCCAGCACAUUGUGUCUUUUUUUUUUUUUUGUUACCUUUAAGUAUGAUUUGAAGGAUUUUAAUAUUAGUUUCUAAUUUGUUUAGUUAUUCACUUUGAUCUUUAAGCAGCCACCAAUGCAUUUCCUUAAUCAGAUAUGAAAUUGUGGCCCUAAUGACACUAUAGCAAUUGACCUCGAUCCCUUCACAGUAUAUGAUGGGGGAAUACCAAGCAAUAGAUCAGAUUUCAGCAUUCAAAUAAGUUUUGGUGAGUGCUGAGCAUUUUGCCACCAAUGAAAAACGUUUCUGGCAGCAUUCUUACAGGUCAGUUAUAUAACAAAGCGAAUGAUGCAAUAACAGGUAUAUCCAAAAGCAACUUAUGUAGAAGAAAAUUGUAGAUAUUUUUGUCUGCAAAAGCAUAAUUUCUUUAAUUUACUUUGUACUUUCAGUUGCAUGAACUUGAGAUAUCUUCCCCAGUCACUAUUCUCUUAUUUCUUUUUGAUUCUUGCAAAAGAAAGACAAGAUAAUAAUCUUGCUAAAUCCAGUUACCUAUAAAUCAUAAUUGGAUUAAUUUCUGUAGAAAAAAAACACUGGAGCACAUUAAAAUGGUAAAGAAUUCAUGAAACAAUGGAAGUAUCAUCACCGUAAAUGAUUGAUUACUUCUAUUUAUCUCUUAGGCCCAAGUAACCUUCAGAAUUGUUUGUGUAUUCUUGAAAGCUUUGGACUUUUCAUGGAGAUUUUUGGCAAAAUAUUCAAUUGAUGAUCAUAGGAUGGUACGGAUUGGACGGUAUGAAAGUCGGGUGGCAGAUGACCAGCUAUCGUGGAAAUCUCAUGAAUAGAGUUACAAUAUAUUUGUGUUUUCAGAACAACAAAUAUUGUGGGUUUUAACACUCUGGCUACACCCUAGAUGUCAAAAUGAUUUCUGACCACAAUCUACUGCCUUGUUCUCACUAGAUGGGAAAAUUUAAGGUUUUCAUGUACUAACUUCAGGAAAUUCACGCAUUCCAAGUAUUAAUGCACAUCAAAAACAUACUUUCUUACAAAUUCUCCCAUUUUUUGAUUCUUGCUGUUCAGAAGUACUUAAUGUUAUUCAUGUUUAAAGUGGUUGUUGUUGCUGGUGGUACUUCCCCAUGUGAUUCAAAAAAUAAUAGGUCAUGAAAAGCUAGUCAUGAUAAAUAUGUCAGUGAUUAGUUUGAUAAUUUUCCACCAGCUACUACAGUUUAGACAAAACAGACACAUUGUGUAUUACAAAUCAGAUGUUUCUCCUAAUUUCUGAACUUGUUUCUUAAAAGGAAGAUACUUUGGAGAAUCUGAUAAUGAUACCAUAUUGUUGUUUUGUUUCAAGCAAAAAACGCAGUGCUUCCUUAUGCCUCUUUGGCAUUUCCAAAGUUCGGUUUCUACACUAAUUAUACUUUGAUUUUUUUUCCCCUAUGCUGUUGAUCCUAUCUGAUUAGCUUAUUCUAAUGCACUUCUUUUGUUUUCUGUCCAUUGACCACAGAACUGUAACGUUUGUAUUGAUUUAUCAAAAAAGUAAUUGAGUAAUAACAUUAUGCACCAUAGAAAGGGGCCUCAGUCUAACAGCAUUGUACAGCAUAGAAACAGGCCUUCCGCAGACUAUCAAACUUAUCUCUACUAAUCUCACAUGCCUGCAUUAAUUCCAUAUCCCCCUGUGUCUGGCUUGCUCAAAUACCUCAGGAUGCCUCUUAAAUAUUGUUACUGUUCCUGCCUCCAGCACCUCGUUUGGCAGCUAAUUCCGCAUACAAACUGCUCUUUGUGUGAAUAUUGUACCCCUCGGUACCUCUCCUUUAAACUUUCUCCCCUCACCUUAAACCUAAACCUAUCCAUCACUUCACUCUUGUCCAAGUUAAAUCUUAGACAUGACUAUGAGAGUCAGUCACUGGCUAUCUACCUUGUGUAAUUUUAUAUACCUCUAUCAUGUCAACUCUCAACUUCCUUUGCUGUAGGGAGAAGAGACCUAGAAUAUCCAAUCUCUCCUGAUGACUUAUGCCCUGUUAUCAAAGCAACAUUCUUGUACAUCACCUUUGCACCCUCUCUAGCUUAACCAUGUCUAUUCUAUAGUGUGGUGACCAGAACUACACGCAAUACUCCCAAGUAAGGCCUAACCAACAUUUGGACAGCUAUAACAUGAUGUCCCAAAUCUUUUUUACCGAAUGCCUUUGCCGAUGAAGGCAAGUAUGCCAGGUGCCUUCCUCGCCACCCUGUGUACAUUUGUUCCCAUUUUCAGGGAGCUCUGUACUUGUACCCCCAAGAUCCUCUGUCCAACAGCACUCCCCAGGGCCCUGCCAUUCACUGUGAACGUGUUGCCCUGGUUUACCUUGACAGAUCCAUCACUUCACACUUGUCCAAGUAAAAUUCCCUCUGCCAAUCCCUUCCUCACUUUCACAGUUGAUCUUUAUCAUGCUGUAACCCUGGACAAUUAAAUUUCCACUAUGCCAAUAAUUUUGCUGUUAUCUGCAAAAUUACUAAUCAUGCUACUUACAUUCUCAUCCAAGUCAUUAAUAUAUAUAUGAUAAACAGAGGACCCAGCAGCACACCACUUGUCACAGUUUUCUAAUCUGAAAAACAACCCUCCUCUAUCAUCCACUGUCUCAUACCACUAAGCCAGUUUUGGGUCCAUUUUGCUAACUCGCCCUGGAUCCCAUGUGUUCAAACCUUCCAGAUCAUCCUACAUUGCAGGACCUGGUCAAAGCCAUUGUUAAUGUCUCUGUAAUCUACCACCCCCACCCCCCUGUCCUUGCCAAAGCACUUGGUCAAUUCGCAAAGAAAAAUUCAGUCAAAUUCGUAAGAUAUGAUUUCCCAUAGUGAAUAUCCAUAAUCAGUCCUUGUUUAUCCAAAUGCAAAUAAAUCCUGUCCCUCGGAAUUCUUUCCGAUAACGUUCCCAUCACUGAUGUACGGAUGGUGCCUGUAGACACAUAGGGGUUAGAUGUAAUAUAGACAACAGAGGAUGAAUAGGCCAUGAAAUGGAGAGCAAAAAUAAAAGGGCUAUUUUCAAUCAGAAUAAGAAUCAGUACUGAGGUUUCCAUUACUCUCAAUCUACUUUAAUGGCUUUGGCAAAGGAAUAGAAUGUUAUGUAUCUAGGUUUGCUUACUAUAAAUGCUAUGUAUAAAACAAAUAUUGUAUAGAGUAUAAAAAGAGGGGUUUAGAUAAAUUUGUGCACAAAAAGAAGCAGAUGAAAUAAAUGUAGGUCUUUAGCAAGUUCAACAUAUAUUUGUACACAAAAUACACAAGAUGAUAACAGAGCCAACAAUUUGUAUAGUGGGGGGUUACCACAGAGAGGCUGCAAUCCAACAGUAAGAAAAUCUAGAGCAGUUGUACACCUUUCUGGUGAAACUAUAUCUGGAGUACCGUGAGGAUGUUUGUAUCCAUACUCAAAGAUUUGUCCAGAGUCAGCACAAAAUAGGUUGACCUGGGAAGCAAGAUUUAUCCUAUUUGGAGAAGUUUGUGCAGGAUGGGCCAAUGCCCACUGGGGGGUAAAGAUGUGAGAUAACUUCAAUAAGGGGAAUUGGAAGAAUUUACUUUUGGAGGCUGUUUUUUCUGUCUGGAAAGUCAAGCGUGGGGGCUCUGGAAUUUAAGAAUGCUAUUUUUUUUUAACUCUUGAGUUCUGAAUAUGUGAAUUCCUGUAUUCCAAAGAACUAUGGAUGUUCAGCCACUGAUAAUAUUCAGGCCUCAUAUUAAUAUUUGGAUACAAAGGUAAUUAAGGUGCAUGAGAAUAAGAUGGGGUGUUGGAUUUCAGGCAGACAAUCGCCAAUGAUCUUGUUAAAAGGCAUAAAACAAACUGCUGAAGGAACACAGCGGGUUUGGCAGAGUCUGAAGGGACCUGAGGUGAAACAUCGACUGCACAUUUUCUUCCACAGAUGACGCCUUACACUUGUUCCUCCAGCAGUUUGUGUCGUUGAUACAAAAUUCCAAUGGCUGCCGUGUCUUGUACCUCUUCUUUAUUGAAUGGCACAACAGAUUUGGGGAAUUAAUUAUAUGAGCUCUGAUAUUUCUUUAUUCUUUGCACAAAAAUGGAAUGCAGUACAAACCCAGUAGAAUAGUUUAAAAUUAAUAUUUAAUUUCAAAAGGUAAAUAAUGCUUCUUUAUUUUUGGAAGCAAUAUUGUUUGAUGGCGAAUAAAAGAAAAUUGUCACACAGUA